AUGAACUUCAACAGCUGUCCACCUACUUGCUGCCCUCCCCCUUGCCUGCCUCCCCCUCCAUCAUGUCCUCCACCCUGCUGUCCUCCAAUGAGAGCAACCAUGGUCUGCCCUCCGAGAGCUCCACCUCCGCAAAAUUGUGCUCAAUCCUUCCAGCCACCAGUUUUAAGACCUGCUUGCUGCCCGCCCCCGCCAUGCUGCAAUCCUUGUGUUCCGAGACCUUGCUCGCAAAUGAACAACAGCAACAAAUGUCCCAAUCAAUGCACUCUCUCGGUGUGUUCUGAUUCUAACGCUAGACAGGGUGCUCAUCCAAUGCUGUGUUGUGGUCAAGAAACGUGUCAGAAGCCUUGUCCUCAAACUGUGAGUCUCGUUAGAACAAGCCAAGAUGCUCUGCAGUCUGAAUGGAUUAUUGUGGUUACCUAUGUACUGAAAAAACCGCGAUACUAUUCUCCUGAUGAGUCCCUGGUAGGGACGAAACACGUGUCCAGCCUGUCCAAACGAAUACUAUUCUUUUCACUCCUACGCACUGCUCUCCCUGGUUUGGUGUUCUCAUACAUUAACGCAACCGCAACAUAUUAUAAAGUGUAA